AUGAAUGAAGAUUUAAAACUAGGAUCAGUAAUAUGGCCAAACUUUUCUUCUCCUUUUAAUAUAUCAUGUUAUGGAUUAAACUAUGAGUGUAAUAUCUUAGCUUUGGGAAGUUCUGAAGGAAACAUAGUACUUUUUCGAGUGGAAAAAAAUGAAAAGCAUAAAAAUGGUAAUGAGGCUGACAUAGCAAGUAAUGAAAGUGUAAAUAAAAUAUCAUCAACCGAUUUGGGAAAAACGAACAAUGAUUCAAAUUGUGAAGAGGUUAAGAAAAGUAGCAAUAGUAACAGUUUUAACAAACGUAUUGAAAAUGAUGAAGAUGAAAAUGAAAAAAUAAAUAAUCGAAUAAAACUAAUACCAUAUAAUAUAUUAUUAAAUAAUAAAAAUAAUGGAUGUAAUAAUAGUGUAACACAAUUAUGUUUUGGUUUAUCAUAUUCAUAUCUUAUUCAAUGUGUAUCUAAAGAAAUAUUAAUUUCGUUAUAUGUUGAUAAUACAAUUGCUUUAUGGUCAUUAGAUGAAGGAAGAUGUUUUAAAAUAUUUAAAAAUUAUAAUUUUUAUAUAUAUAAUAUGAAAGUAUUACAAGAUCGAAGAUUUAUAUUGUUAUCUGGAUAUAAAGAUAUAUUAGUUAUAGAUUUAUGGGCAAAUACAGAUAAAGAAAUUGUAGCUCGUUUAUCUAUAGAAAAUAAGGAAUGUAAUGAAGAGGGUAAUAAAAGUAAUGAACUGAGUGAUGUAGAAGAUAGUAAUGAUACACAUUAUGAUAUUGCUAAUAGUGAUAUAAAUUGUAAAAUGUUUUCAUCAUCUUCUGAUAGUUUAGAAUCUAAUAAUUUUUCCAUGGAUAAUUAUAAAGAAAAUAAUGAAAGAUGUAAAGAAGUAAUUAAUGAGGUAUAUGAAGAAAAAUCUGUAAAAUAUUUUUCUCCAUCAUUAGUUAAUAAUAUAAAUGAACGGGAUAGAUAUAGUAAGCAUAAUUAUUAUUAUAACUCUCAAUUUUUAAAUUAUAAACUAUAUUAUGCUAAAAAAAAAACUACUACUACUAAUAGUAGUAAUAAUAAUAAUAAUAGUAAUAAUUCGAAUUUAAAAAUAUGUUGUAUUUCUGCUGGUUUAGUACCAUAUUUAAAAAAAGAGAAUCAAAGAUCUUUAAUACAAUGUAUGAAAUUGUUAAAAAGAAAAUUUUUUAACAUUUAUGAAAAAAGAGAAAAAAAUAAUUCAAAUAGUAGGAAUGUAGGAGAUAACGAUAAUAAUAACAAUAAUAUGCAAGGGGAAGAAUGUGAUGAAGAAUAUAUAAAAUUGAGAGAAAAAGAAACAUAUAAAAAUUUACAUGAUUUAUUUUAUUGUCCAGUAUUAAUAUCAGCAUGGUUAAAUAAUGGAGAUAUAAUAUGUUGGGAUUUAACAAAUUUAUUAAAUUUUUAUAAAAGCAAAACAAGAUUUGUUAUAAGAACCGAUAAAACUGAAAUUGAAAUGUAUAAUGAAACAAUUGAAGAUAUUGCAGAAAAUUGUAUAUAUGAUGAGUUAAUAAAAAAUAAAAUAAAUAUACCAAAUGAUAUAAAUUUAAAAUCUCAAGAUAAACAUUUAAAGAAUACAGAAGAUACUUAUGAACAAAUUGAUGGGGUAUAUCAUGUUAACCCAAUUUUUAUUUCAAAUCUGCCAUCAUCAAAAUCAGAUUUAGAAAUAUCUGGUAAUGGUAAUUCAAGUCAAAUAGGUAUUAUAGAUAACUACAUUAUAAUUUUACAGAAAAACCGGUUAAUUAUUUAUGAAAGAAAAAAUGCAAAUUCCUCUUUUGUUCCACUUAUGGAUUUAUUUUGUCCUGAUUUUGAUCAAUCUUGCAAAAGACGCACUCAAAAUGCCCACUGGGUUGGCAUGCAAGUUUUGCGUAAGCCAAUUUGGCGGUUUUCUUCAGGCGCGUCCCAAAGCAACAGCUCAAAAAUAAGGUCAUUCAAUAUUAUGCAGAACAUGUCUAAGAAUAUUUGUGGGUGCAUUAUCGCCUGGACAACUGAAGGGAAUUUUUAUUGCUAUACUUUACCUCUAAAAUUUUCAAGCAUGUUUUUGUCUUUUCAAUCGAAUAUAAAAUCAUUUUUUUUAAUGAAGGUUGACAAAAACUUGUUGGGUUCAUUUAAGAGUCCUGGUCCAAUUCUUUUUUACAGAAAUAAAUAUAGCACAUCUAAAAAAGAUGCAGAUACCUAUGAACAUAAUUUCUCCAAUAGUAGUAGUAUGUUCAGUCAGAUAAGACAGAACAACAAUAAUGAGAAUACAAACCCUGCGCAUCUAAAUAAUGAUUAUAAUAAUGAGGAAAAGACGAGUAAUAAAUAUAGCAGCAUUUAUAAGGUACAUACAUCGAGUUAUAGUUAUAGCAGUAUAAAUAAAAAUAGUUUAAAUGAAAAGUCGAAUUUAUGUGAAAUUGAAAAAAACACAUGUUCAAUAGAAUCAACAAAAUUGGAAAAUAGCAAUAGCUAUAAUGAAGAUACAAAUAUAUCAAAAUUAAAAAAUAAUAGUAAUUAUCGUAAAAAUGUGAACAGUAAAAAAAAAUCAUCUAUAUGGAAAGAUGAUGUAUUUUUUUUAUUUGUAAACAAAUUAAAACUAAACAGAAUUAUAGUAUAUGAAUAUUUAUUUAACAUUUGGUAUAAGACAAAUAAAAUAGAUAGUAUAUGGUUAUUAGGUAAUAAAAAAAAAAAUAAUAUUUUAGAAGAUAAUGAAAGAGGAUAUAAAUAUGAUGUAAUAAAAAGGGAAAUAGAAACAACAAAGGAUUAUAAUAUGAAUAUAGAAAAAAUAAAUAAUGAAGAAAUGUAUAAUACUAAUAUUUAUAAUCGAAAAGAAAAUGUUGAAUAUGAUGAGAAUAAAAAUAAAGAAAUAAUUACAUAUACAUUUUGUGAAAAUAAUUUAAAUUUAUAUGUGAUAAUUAGUUAUAGGGAAAGUCGAGUUGUGUGUGUAUUAAUAAAUUGUUAUAAAUAUGUGGAAAAUAAAAAAAUAAUAUAUGAUUUAUACAUUCCAGAUAUUAUAUAUAAAAAAAAAAAUUUUAUAACAGUAUUACAUGUCGAAAAUAAUUAUAUAAUUGGGGGAACAAAUAGUGGAGAUAUAUUAAUAUGGAAUGUUUAUAAUUUUAGUUUAGUAAAGUUUAUAAAAAAUUGUCAUUUUUCAUAUAUAUGUAGUAUAUAUAAAGUUGUUACAGAGAAUUUUUUAAAAAAAGAUAAUGUAAAUAUAUCAGAAGAAAAAGAAGAAACAUCUUUUGUAUUAACAUGUGAUGCAAGUAAUUAUAUGAUCUUAAUAAAUUUGAAUAAAAUCGAUUAUAAUAAUGAUCAUAAUAAUUUUUUUUGUAAAAAUGAUGAAUGUAACAUUAUUUUAUCAUCAGAAGAUAACAUGGAUAGUGUAUUAUUUUUAAAAAAAGAAAAAGAAAGAUUAAAAAAAAAAAUGAUAAAACAAAAGGGAAGCAACAAUUUUGAGAUAAAUAUUUGUAAUAAGACAGAUAGAAUAAAUGUUAGAAGAAUAAGCAAUAGUCAAAUAAAAUAUAAGAAUAAAAAAAAAAGAAAAAGUAAUAGUCAAAUAAAUUAUGUUAAUACUGGUUUUAAAAGGCCAAGUUGGAUAAAUCCAGAAAAUAAAUAUAAACUAAUAAACAUUUUAAACUGUAAAAAUGGAAUAAAAAAUUAUCAAGUAAAAAAUAAUAAUUCAUAUAUUUAUAGUAUGUCAUUAUUAAAAGCAAAAAAAUAUAUUAUGAAGUUAAGAAAGAAAACAUGGGAAAAACGAUAUGAAAUGGAAAGAAAAUUAAAAAUUAUGACUCAUGUAUGUUUUCAUUGUUGUUUUAAAAAAUUAGAAAAAAAAAAUGAAAUUAAUUUUAAAUUAAUAAAUAAUGUAUAUAUAAAUAGUUAUUCUUCACUAUUAUAUAUUAGUUUAGUAAAUAAUUAUGUCUAUAUAUAUAAUUAUAAAAGUGGAAAUUUUUUAAGAUAUUUAUACGAUUCUCAAUAUUCUCAAAUAUCAAAUAUUCCAUUUGAAAAUGUAUAUACUAGGUUAGGUAUAAGUGUAUCAAGUAUUCAACUUUUAAAUAAAAUUAAAAUUAAAAAAAAUAAAACCACAUAUCUACAUGAAUUCAAUACAGAAAGUGAAAUAAUAUUUGAUGAUGUUUCUGAUAAACCGAGUUCAUGUUCUUAUUCAUUAAUUUCAUCAUCACCUUCUUUAGAAUCGCUUCAGCAUUUUUUAAGUAGUGAUGGAAUGGAAAUAAAUAGAGAUAAUGAUACUAAUACUAAUGAUAGUUAUUUGAGUGAGAAAGAUGGAAUAGAUAAUAAGGAGAUACAAUUUGAGAAAAAUAAAUUUAAUAAAAUGGAAAAUAUAAUUAGAGGAAAAAAAGAAAAAAAAUCAUAUUUAUUAGUAAAAAGUCAAAUACCAGUUAUUAGUCAUAUAUUAUUUAGAGAUAAUCAUUUAUCGAAAAAGGCAUUACCAUUAGGAAGAUUGUUAUAUCAUUAUUUUUUACCUGAGAAAUGUACAAAAUUAUGUAAAGAAUUAUUUUUUUUCUUAACCGAUUUUCCAUCUUUACCAUUUUCUAUGUGUAUACAAGGAAAGGAAUCUACCUAUUCGCUAAUAAUUCCUAAGUAUACUCAACUGUUUCAUUUUUCAAAAAUGUACCCAUUGAAGUUAAAACGGGGAAAAUCCAGAAAAAAAGGGAAUGCAGAAAAUGUGGAAAAAAAUGUGGAAAAAAAUGAAGACAUUAUAAAUUAUAGAACAUACAAAAAGGAAAUGUACAAAUUUUUAUCAGCAGAAAAAAGGAAAAAAAAAAAAAAAAAAAAAUUUUUUUAUGAUUCAUUAAAUAUAGAUUAUAAUGAUAUAUAUAACAAACAAUUUAAAAAUAAAUAUUUUUUGAAUGACUCGUUAAGAAAAAAAUACAUUUAUUUUGGUCUUAAAUUAGGGACUAAGCAAAAUGAGAAUAAGAAUAAAGUUAGUGCACUAAUGCAUAAAUGGAAAUAUGUUUAUGAGAGUCGAGAAGAAAAUUGGAAUAGUGAAAAUAAUCGAGAUAUAUUAAAAAAAUAUAAAAUAAAUAAAGAUAGUAAUUUGUAUCCAAUAAAAGUGAAUGAUAAAUGGGAACUUCCAAAUAGUAGUAAUUCAAUAUAUAAAGAUAUUGAAAUAAAUUGUGAAAAAAAAACUGAUAAAAAUUAUAAUAGACAGAAUAAUAAUUUAUAUAUAUUACAAUAUAAUUGUUCUAAUAAUCGAAAUAUUGAAAGAAAUAAAAAUAUAGAUAAACACAAACACAGACAAUGGAUGUGUGAUUAUAUAGAUGAUGAAAUGGAUGGGUGGUAUUCAUGUGACUCUUCUUCUAGUAAAUCAAGUAUAUAUUUGUAUAUCCCCAAAAAUAAGAAUAAUAAACAUAUUGGUAAAACAGUUAGAAGUAGUAUAAAUAGGGUUAGUGACAUUGAUAAAAGAAUACACAUUUCAAAUAGAUGUAGUGAAAUAAAAGGAAGUAAAUAUAAUGAAGGAGAUAUUAAAAAGAAAAUAAUGAAUCCAAUAAACAUAUUUUCGAAAAGGGAAAAUAAAAAAAUAAAAAAAAAAAACAAGAGAGAUAUAUCUUACUUUUUUAAUGAUAACUCAGUUGAAAUAUGUUGUGAAAGCUUGUAUGUGAACACUUUGUAUUUUUGUUUUAUUUUACGAUUUAUAAAUUUUUGGUUCAAAAUGUGUCGAGAUAAAUAUAAUGAUAAUAUAUUAAUAAACUUAAAAAAAUAUAUAAUAUAUAAUUUACCAAAUAAUAAUAAAAUAAAUUUAUUUUUAUUAAGUUAUAUAUCUAUGUAUCCAUAUGAUAAAAGUAUAAGAAUUCAAUUGCAAAAAUUUAUGUUUAUAUUAAUACAAAAUAUGAAGAAUGAAUGUUUAGAUAAAUAUUCAAAACUAGCUACCGAAAUAUUGCGCAUUAAUAAUAAAAAAAAAAGAAUUAUAAAAAAAAAUAAUGAUAGUAUAUCAUUAUAUGAUACAACAGGGGCAUACAUAAUACAAAUAAUUAUACCAAGAGUUGGAUCACAUUAUUUAUAUCCUUAUGUAUAUGCUGAUGAAAUAUGUUUAACAUUAUUAUUAUUAUUAUUAGUUGUUAAAUCAAUUUAUUUAAGAAAUUCCAAAAUAUUUUAUUCAAAUGCAAGUAUGGCUACAUUAAUUAUCCAUCACAUAUGUUAUUAUAUAUUUGUGGAUACACAAAAUUUGAUAGAAAAUACUUAUAAUAAAUUUAAUAAAUUUAAAUUAUUUCAUUUUAUACAUUUAUUGUCUUUAAGCUUUUCAAUAACUUGGGAUUUUAUUUUAUUAAUACAAAAAGGUAUUUUUACUAAUAACAUGAAAAAUGUUACAUAUAGUAAUUUUAGUAUAAAUAUAAAAGAUGAAGAUUUUAUUUGUAACGAACAAAUUAUAAAUGAAAAUUUUUAUAAAAAUCUGAAAGAUUAUUAUAUAUUAGCAAAUACAUUAGGGAAUGAAUCUUUACACCAUUCUUCAAGUGAAAUUAAUUUAAAAAAUUGCAUAGAGGAUUACAUAAUGAAAUCUAACAAUGAUAAUAAUAAUAGUAGUAGCAAUAUGAAUGAACACCAUUUUGAAAAACAAGAUUUAGAAUUAAGCUCAUAUGAAAAUGUUAUAUCAGAUGAAAAUAGUGAAAUAAAAACAGUUGUUUGUAAAGCUAGUGAAUCAGGAGAAUGUGAUAGUGUUAUUGUUAAUAAUGUAGAGAAUGAAGGAAAUAAUAAUAACAUAAAUAAGUUUAAAAUUAUGGAAGAGCAAAAAAAAAAGAUAUAUGGUGAAUUGUGUAAUAUAAAUAAUGAUAUAAAUAAAAUAUUUUCAAAUAAAAAAUGCCCAUUUAAUGAGAAUAAUUAUAUAAGUAUAUGUCAUUUUAUUUUAAAUAUUUUUGAAUUAUAUACCUUGUCAUUAAAUAAUAUUAGUUUCUUAAAAAUUUUAAUAAAUAUAGGACGUAUUGAACCAUUUUUAUUUUUAAAGACAUUACAAUAUAUAAGUAAUAAUUUACAAAAACGUGUAUUAUAUAUAAAUAAAAUAUUAUUUUUGUUAAUAAUAUUAAUAAAAAAUUAUAAAUGGAUAUUUAAUUAUUAUAUGAAUAUAAUUAUAGAUAUAUUGCUAAUCUCAUUAGACCCAUCAAAUAAUGUAAGGAUGUUAUGUUUAAAAUUAUCAACUAGUUUAAUUUAUACAUUAGUAAAAAAUUUUACAAUUUGUGCAUUUAAUAAGUUUACUCAAAGAUUAGCUGUAGCAAAUAAUUCUAAUAAGUGUAUAUAUUUAUAUGAUUUAAAAAAUGCAAAAAAAUUAAAAAUAUUUCAAGGGCAUAAAAAAAGUGUAAAUUGUAUUAAUUUUAAUUCUACUGGAACAUGUUUAGCAUCUUAUUCAAAAUUAGAUUUUUCUUUUAAAAUUUGGAAUUGUUCAAAUGCUGGAUUAUUUAGUGGAUUUUUAAAAGUACAAUCAAAAUGCUCACGAGAUAUACAAUUGUCUAAAAUUAAAUUAAGUUAUUUAUUUUUGUCGGAUAAUUUUAUAAAUAUUACUUAUAAAAAGAAAAAUGAAUGGGUAUUACGUAGAGAAGACAAUGUUACUUAUUUGAUAUAUACUUGA